AUGUUCAGCGUAUCAACAGUGACCGCCACAGACUCCCACACCUACGCCGAUGAUGUCCCUGCCGUACAUCGCAAGCAUCAAGCGGAACUCGACGCCAUGGACCUCGAUGGAGACGAGUUUGGAGGAGCUGGACCGAGCUCGAGGAAUAUCGUCACGCCUGGGACUGUUAUCACCAGCUCCAAAGAGUAUAUGAGGGGCCAUGGAACGUAUGUUGAAGAUACAAAUGUUGUAUCGUCCGUAGCUGGUACCAUCGAUCGGGUCAACAAACUCAUAUCUGUGCGACCACUGCGUUCAAGGUAUACACCAGAAGUUGGUGAUCUGGUGAUCGGUCGUAUCGUUGAAGUUGGCGCUCAAAGAUGGCGAGUGGACGCCAACGGACGGCAAGACGCGGUCCUCAUGUUGUCGAGUGUCAAUCUUCCCGGGGGCGUACAGCGCAGAAAGAUUGAGUCGGAUGCUUUGAGGAUGAGAGAGUUCUUGGCGGAAGGUGAUCUUUUGGUUGCUGAAGUACAAGCUUUCUUUGGAGACGGUGCCAUGUCAUUACAUACGAGAUCUCUGAGAUACGGCAAGCUGCGAAACGGCUUCCUCCUCACCGUCCCUCCCCAACUCAUCCGCCGUCUCAAAUCCCACUUCUACCAUAUCCCUCCUCCUUGCGGUCCUUCCGGUGUGGAUGUCAUCCUCGGCUUGAACGGUUUCGUCUGGGUUAGCAACGGAACGUCUGUGGAGAAGAGAGAGGGUGGUGAAGGGUUUGACCUGAAUGCUGUCUACAGUGACGAGAACGACGUGAUCGCCCCGGAGGCAAGACAAGCCAUCACACUCGUCGCCAACAUCAUUAAGAUCUUUGGCGAUGAAGGGAUCCCUCUGACCGAAACGCUUAUCGGUGAAGCGUACGCUUGGGUGGAGAAGAACGUGCCGGCUGGGACACUCUUGGAUCAAGAGACUAUCAACCAGAUGCUGGGAGAAGUGACGGGGGUGGAGGUCGGUGCUUAG